AUGGACUCCCAGCUGUGGCAAGAGGUGCAGGCAGCACCGUUUCCUUCUGCUGCCGCAGCUGCAGCAGGUGCUGCUGUUGCAGCGCCUCUACCUGUGCAAGGGGUUCCAAUGAAAGGCGUUAUUCUCGCGAACCGCAAAACAAUAUUCCAUAAAACCCGCAUUUGCCCCCGUCUAAGCCUGGGUUCUUGUCACCUGGGCUCGCGUUGCAACUUCGCCCAUUCCCUAGAAGAGCUCAGGCCUGCUCCUAACCUCGAUAAAACUAAACUCUGUCCUUCUGUGCUACACCCGGGCACUGCUUGCCCUGCCAAAGCCAAGGGAGAAACGUGCAGAUUCGCGCACAGCAAGGCCGAGAUCAGACACACUUCUAACAUGUUCAAGACCAACAUGUGCCUAAAGUGGAUACGAGGAAAAUGCAAGAAAGAGGCACAGUGUAAUCACGCUCAUGGACAUCAGGAGUUGAAGUAUUACCGCUCUCUUGCGAUGGCCAGCGGGGCUCGGGACUUCGCUCGAGAAAGCGAAGCCACGAUGUCUCGUAGACGUAAACAAGGCAGUAAUAGUGUUGGCUCCCUUGCAGCAGCAGAAGGAGGAGCAGCAGCUGCUGCUACGCGUUUGUCUGCCGGGUUCAAGGAGACGGGGGGCAGCAGCAGCAGCAGGGGGGCAGCGUUUCAUCGCUCUUCGCGUAACAGCAGCAACAGACAGCAGCAGGCAAAGAACAGCAGCUGCGACUCUGUCAACGCCGCAUUGGCGGCGUUGUAUGAAGAGCUGUUCAGAGGCACCAAUAGGAGAGAAGGCAGCUACAGCUCAGCUGGGGGGGUUGCUACUUCUUUGCAAGAUGACAGCACCACAGCAACAGAUGAACUCUCGGAUUUCUCCUCUUUCUCCUCGCGAUGUCUAUCAGACGCACUGUGCCCUGCAGCACCGACUACUCCCACCGCCGCCAACAACUUCGGUUCCUGUGGGGCCCCUUUGCAUGCGUCUGCUUCGGACGUUUUCCAAACAACAGCCUCUUCUUGCGCAGGCACCCCAACCACGUCUCUGAGUAGCAGCAGCGAUUUGAAAUUAGAUGUUAAUCGGCUGCUGCUGCUCAGAGCGAUUGCUGGAGAGAGUGGGGGGCUUCUGAUGGGCUCGUGCGAGCAGCACGAGGAGGAUAUGCACCAAAGCACAGCGGCAGCAGCAGCAGCAGCUGCUGCUGCUGCAGCUGCUGCUGCUGGGAACUUAGCGACAGAACAAGAAAACAUGAGACAACUGGAGGCAAACCUUGCAAGGCUUUGCCUGGCUGACGCUACUGCAAGACAGCACUAUUAUACCGAGCCCCCUCCAGGGUUUGAACACCUGCAGCAGCAGCAACAACAACAGCAACAGCAGCAGCAUGCGGUCGUGGACUUGGAACGUCUGGCAACGGCUGAUGGUUUGGAUUGA